AUGGGUUUAAUGAUUAGCCAUAUGUUUAAUAAUGAUUUCUUUAGAAUAUUCCCCCUAUUUAGAGUGCACCCUUUUGGUUAUAAUUUUUCAUUUCCUAUGUAUGAUGACUUUUCUUAUGUACAAAAUGAAACUACAUCAUUGAUUCCUCUCGAUAUUCGAGAUAAAGGAAAGAGAUGCGAGAUAAAAAUGUAUGUUCCUGGUAUAAGUAGGGAAAACCUUCAGUGUUUGGAGGUUGUAUCAGCUUCUAAAAGGAUAAAAGAAAAGAUAGAUGAUUAUACUACACGUUAUGUUCAAGAAGAAAGCGAAUUAUAUCACAUUCAAGCUAUCCCUAUCCCCAGUAAUGUACGUGUAAAAGAUAUUGGUGUAAAUUAA